UUAGUUAGUUCAAAUUUCAAAAACGACGCAACAACUCUCUCGCUUUCUCUCUCUCCGAUUAAUCCCUCAAGAAGGAGAAAAAUCGAAUUAAAAAAAAGGCGGAUUGGAUGAUAUGAUAUGCGCAUUGUUGGAGCGAGAAACUGGAUUGAUUUGCAUAUCGGUGCUGAGGUUUAUUGACAGAUCGGUGUCAAGAGCCAUGGGCUGUUUCUUUGGUUGUUUUCGUGUUAGGAAUGAUCGCCGGCGACCUCACAUGGCCUCUGAUUCUUCUCGAUCUGAACCAACUGAAGCUUGGGUGUCUAAAAAUCGCUUAUCUUAUCUAUUUUUGUCUGAAGAGAGAGAAGACAAUGACAAGAAAAGCCAUCAUUCGGGAUCUCCUCAAAUCAACAAGGAAUUGAUAAAUGAGGCCAAAUUUCUGAAAGCCUGUGGCACUUUAUCUGAGACACCUUCUGAAAUUCGUAAAGCAUCUCAGAAGUUAAACGGUUCAGCUCCUCUUGGUAAAGAUUCAGAGUCUUCAGAUUUCCACUCAUGGCUUCCCAACACUUCCAUCAAGAAACUUCAGUUGGAUCAGCAAAUUGAUCAGCCCCCUACUCCCAUCAAACUUUAUGAAGAGUGGGGAAAUCUUUCAGCCUCUUCAGAGCACACACCUAGCAGCUGCAUGCCCAAUGCACAGGACACUGGAAGGAUAUCCAUCACCUCAAUUGAAGAUGGUGAGGUGGGAAGUCUCAAAAUGGCAACAAAUGUUCCACCCACAAACAAGUCUGUUCGCUUUGAAUGCAAUUUUGAUACCUCUUCGUCUAAAGGGUCUUCAUUUGAAAAUGGGUGCCAGAUUUUAAGGAAAUUUGAAUCCCCAGGGUACAUGAGUGUAUCAAAGCCUUCUCCUAAACCAACUCCAUUAAAACUUUCAGAUGAGAUGCAAACACCUGGAACAGUUUUCCCUACAGAGCUUUUAGCAAAUGGGAAGACUAGGAUUAGGUCUCAGUAUGUGUAUCCAGUCUUGAAUCCAGUUGAGAAUGCCUCUCAGUGGAAGGUACUGCAGGAAGAUGAUUCUAGUUCUCAUCAAUUGUCAAGUCAGCUGAAAGAAUUUUCAGUGCAGCUGGAAAAUUCGACACCUAAAUCAGUUGGAGAGAAAGAAGCCUCCUCUGUGCCGGAAUUGAAGGUGGAAGCAAGCUUGUCUUCUUGGUUGAAGCCUCAACAAUUUGCACAUGAUAAGGAUGAUCCAAAUGGUGGAACUGCAUCUAGCAAAAAUUUCCAUUUUGGUAGAACUCCUAUGGACAGGCCUAUCAUUGGGAUGGUUGCUGCUCAUUGGAAUGAGAAUGAGCCUUCUCGUAUCUCCCCAAAGUGGUGGGAUGGGAAUGGAAUCCCAAAUUCAACUAAUAAAUACAAGGAAGAUCAGAAAGUGAGUUGGCAUGCAACACCAUUUGAGGAGAGGUUAGAGAAGGCACUGUCUGAAGAGAGUUUUAUCUCACAAAACAAGCAAGUCAAUGGGAAACCCAUAGGUUUUGAUGAGCACGAUGAAAGUGAUACUGCUCUUUCUAAGUUACAGGCUUCAACACAUUCCAAGUCAGUUGUUUCAUUCUGAUGAGUAAAGAUAUCGCUGUUGAUGUUCCAAUGAAUUGUGAGUUUAUUUUACCGUUGACCUGUCGCCAAAUGCACUUAACCUCUUUUGAAUCUCAAUUGAAGCAUCAAAUAUCAUGGUUGUGGAUUUUUAAGCCAUUGAACUUCGAAGCUGAUGGUGCAAAUACAACUGUUAACAUGUUUGUGUCAAAACACUCAACAGCAUCAGCAGCUGCUUGCAGUGUACAUUCAAGUCAGUAAUGCAAAAACUUACUUUGGAAUGGGAUAUUCAUGUUGCUCAUGUUAAUAUAAAGAAUUCGACGUGUCUUCUAUUGACAUUCAAAUCAUGCCUUUCAAUUUCCUGUA